AUGGCAAUUUCCAACAACAACAAUUCCUCCAGCUCUCCUGAUGAGGAUUCCAAAGCUUCUGCAGCCAAUUCGAAAGCUAAGAGAACUCACGAUAAAGGGGAAAAGCCUAGUAUAUCCCCGAACAACCAGAGAGUCACUUAUGCCGAGCAUAUGAAGCGAAAAGCCGAGACUGAUGAAGUGGAGGGUCGUAUGCGUAGAAAAGAUCGAAUCCAGCGCAAAAUACUGGCGGCAGAGGAGAGACGCCGAUUUGUCGAUGGAGUACCUUCUGACUCUGAUGCUGAUGCUUCCGAAGAGGAAACCACGUGGGUGUUACAAGAGUUCAAGGUCAAGCCUAUGAAACGAGUUGAUGCUGAACUUGAAGCUGAAGCAGAAGAAGACUCGGACUCGGACGAUCCUCAUACCCAUCCAGACUUCAUCAAUGGUCUUGACAGUGAUUCCGACGAAGAGGAGGAUUCCGAGAAGGACAGUGAUGAUGAAUCUGACAGCUCAGAUGAAUCUGACGAAUAA